AUGCAUCGCGCCGCUGAUUGCAAAUCUAAAUUAUCAUGCUCAAAAUGUCAAAAACGCCAUCAUACUCUACUUCAUUCUAACCCAUCAAGUACUGAAACUCCAGAUACCUCAGAACCUAAAGUUCAAGAAUUUUGUGGUUUAUCGCAAGCAAAUCAUACCGUCGUAUUAGGUACCGCAGUUAUUCGUGCACGUGAUAGUCGGGGUAAUUAUCAGGCAAUUCGUAUUUUGUUAGAUAGUGGCUCGCAGGUGUCGGCAAUAACCACUCGUUGUGCAUCUCGGCUUGGUCUCACCAGACGCAAAUGCUUACGUAGUAUUAGGGGCCUUGGAAAAAACCCUGUCACUGAAGUAAAUGGAGAAACGAGUUGUUAUCUUUUACCGCGACAACAAUUGGAACCGUCCUUUUGUUGCAAUGAUGUCAUAAUACUACAGCAAAUAACAACGACCAUGCCUACAUCACCGUUGCCGUCCGCCGUCCGCGAGUGCUAUAAACAUCUAUUGUUAGCUGAUCCCAAAUUCGAUACACCCGCGCCGAUAGACAUGUUAAUAGGCGGUGACUUAUUCCCACACGUAAUGCGGCCUCGUGGCGGCAUCAUACACCACAACGGUUUGCCGUCCGCGAUAAACACACAUUUUGGCUGGAUAGUAUGCGGUUCAUUGCAAGAACAAAGUACCUCACCUGUUCAUUCUUUAUCAGUGGCAUCAGUAAAAUUAGAUGACCUUAUGCGCUCCUUUUGGGCUAUAGAGGAAGCCGCAACACCAAUUGAGUCGAUAACGGAAGAACAACGAUGUGAAGAGUGGUUUUCAAAAACAACUACGCGAGCAAAUGAUGGUCGGUUUUGUGUAGCACUUCCAUUUCGCGAUUCCGUUUGUCUUCCCAAUAGUGUCAACCAGCCAUUUGACACAGUGCCGCCGUAUCAUGGCCUCGGUAAUUCACGCGCGGUAGCUCUAAAGCGAUUUUAUAAUUUAGAAAUGCGUUUGAUUAAAGACCCUGCGUUGUACGCCGAAUAUCGUGCUUUUAUGGCCGAGUACGCCGCCCUUGGUCAUAUGAGACCGGCUACUCAGUCUGGUUAUUAUUACAUACCGCAUCAUGCCGUAGUGAAACGCGAUGGAGAAAAUAUUGAUAAAUUACGUGUGGUGUUUGAUGCGAGUGCCGCCACAUCAACCGGGUUUUCACUGAACGACGUAUUAUUAGCGGGUCCUAAACUCCAAAACGAUAUUUUUGACAUUCUCCAAAAGUGUAGGCUUAAGCGCUAUAUGUUGACCGCCGAUAUCACAAAAAUGUAUCGCCAGGUACUAGUGCGUGACUCAGACUGCCGGUAUCAGUAUAUUUUAUGGCGGGACUCAGUUGAGUCCGAGAUUGUCGAAUAUGAGCUAUGUACAGUUACGUACGGAGUUACGUCCGCUCCAUACCUCGCCAUUAAAUGCUUAAACGAGUUGGAUGCUCAAAAUGGGUCCGAUUUUCCUGCUGCAAAGGGUGUAUUGACCAAAUCCACUUACGUCGACGAUAUUGUAGCCGGCGCUGACACCGUUGAGGAAUUGUUAAUAAUUCAAAGCGACUUGAUAGGACUUUUAAAGACGUGUGGCUGCUCUCUCAAAAAGUGGACGAGUAAUUCGCCUCAAGCACUUCGACAAGUAGACUGUGCUGAUCACUCAACGCUGUUGUUUUUAGACCCAAAAAAUGAUUCGGCCGUAAAAGUGUUAGGUAUGCAUUGGGACCCUACUUCGGAUAUGUUUGCCUAUCAUACUAAUAUUAAAUCUGAUCGUCCUUUCACAAAACGCAAGGUACUCUCUACAAUCGCCAGACUUUUCGACCCUAUAGGCACGCUUGGACCUAUACUCUUAUGGGCAAAUGCCUUUAUGCAAAGGUUAUGGCAAGCGAGUCUUGAAUGGGACAAUAAUUUACCAGAGGACUUAGAUAAGUUAUGGGGUCAAUUUGUAAAAGAGUUGCCGUCAAUCGAUAAAAUAAUGUUGCCUCGACAUAUCGACAUGCGCGUGUAUUCGAAAAUUGAAUUAGUAGGCUUUUCCGAUGCCUCGCUACGUGGCUACGCGGCCGUUGUAUAUUUGCGGGUGGUAGACAGUUCCGGUCAUGCCACGGUGAAUUUCGUCACCUGUAAGACCAAAGUAGCACCAAUCAAAACCACUAAAUGUCAAACUACAGUGCCGCGCCUCGAACUCUGUGCUGCUCUAUUACUCGCUACUACAUUAAAUCGCGUAAAAACCUGUCUAGACAUUGAUAUUUCAAAUAUUUAUGCGUGGACCGACUCUACGGUAGUAUUGUCGUGGUUAACGGUCAGCCAAAAAUCAUUUAAAGUAUUUGUAACGAACAGAAUCGCAAAAAUACAACAAUUAUUACCGGAUUGUAAAUGGUCUUAUAUCAAUACAACCGAUAACCCGGCGGACCCGGCAUCACGUGGUUUAUUACCCCAUGAAAUGGUCUUGUGUGACAUUCACCGAGAGGGUCCGACGUUUUUACGAUUACCUGCUGAACAAUGGCCGCGACAUAAGUGUGACCUAUUAAAGCCGGAACAAUUACCAGAUUAUCAACAAAGGGCCGUAAUACUUAUUAACGCUGACAAUGAAACCGCCGCCGAUCAAAUUAUACACCGUUUUUCUUCGCUAACCCGUAUGCAAAGGACGCUCGCCUAUGUAUAUCGUUUCCGCUUUAAGCCUAUACCGACCGGCCCUCUGUCAUUUUCCGAACUUCAUUAUAUUUUAAACCAAGCUGUACGGUUGACUCAACAAAGAUAUUUUAAUGAUCUCAAGAGGCAAUUAAUAAGUCGAUUUGUUGUUACACCUGCAUCUUUGGCCCAAUUAUCACCAUUCAUUGAUUCGGACGGACUUAUACGAGUUGGUGGCCGCCUUCGCUACGCAUCGCUUGACGCAGACGCAAAACAUCCCGUUCUACUACCUAAAACGUCACACUUAUCUGAACUACUAAUCAAGCAUUAUCAUCAGGGAUAUUUACAUGCCGGUCCAAAAUUAGUUUUAUCAAUGAUGCGACGUAAGUUUUGGAUACUUUCCGGUCGCGAUGCGGUAAGACAUUUUAUUUAUACGUGUGUCCCAUGUAUACCUACCUGUUGA